AUGGCAGCGCCUGCGGCGGAGGGGGCGGCCGUGUCUGCCGCGGCGGCGCUGCGAGCCGUGCUGGCGCGGGCGGGGAUGGCGGCGGAGCGGUCGGGGCGCGCUGCGGAGGCGGUCCGAGUUGUGGCGGUGGGGAAGACCAAGCCAGUUUCGAUGCUGCGGCAGCUCUACGACGCGGGCCACCGCUGCUUCGGCGAGAACUACGUGCAGGAGUUCGUAACCAAGGCCCCCCAGCUUCCGGAAGAUGUCCGGUGGCAUUUUAUCGGGCACCUGCAGAGCAACAAAGUGAAACCGCUGUUAGUUGCUGUUCCAAAUCUUGAUAUGGUUGAGGGUGUAGAUAAUGAAAAGAUUGCUAACCACCUAGAUCGAGCUGUCAACAGUUUGGGAAGGGAGCCUUUGAAAGUUUUGGUUCAAGUGAACACUAGUGGAGAAGAAUCUAAAUCUGGAAUUGACCCCUCCAGAUGUGUCGACCUUGCUAAGCAUGUGAAACUAGCAUGCCCACACCUAAUAUUUUCAGGUCUGAUGACAAUAGGAAUGAAAGACUACUCGUCAACACCAGAAAAUUUUAAGGCAUUGGUGAAUUGUAAGCUUGAAGUUUGCAAGGCCCUUGACAUACCAGCAGAACAGUUUGAACUCUCCAUGGGAAUGUCUGGUGACUUUGAGCAAGCGAUUGAAAUGGGUAGCACGAAUGUGAGGAUUGGAUCAACCAUUUUUGGACCAAGGGAGUAUCCAAACAAAAAGCAGAACUAG